AUGCUGUUUCUCCUCUCUUUCGCCGUUGGCCCGACCGCCGCCCUCUGGGACUACAUCAAAGGCUUCCUGUGUACGGUCCUGGCUUCCCUGAUCAUCGAGAAGCCGAACUUCACCCAGUUUGGGGAGCUGGCUGACUAUGUUUACUGCACCUACUGUGCAGCACUGCUGCUGGAGCGAAUGGACCAAGACCGACUGCAGGACGAGUCAACCGAGUAUGCGCAAGAUCCCGAGCACGAGACUCUCGAAAGCUGCGAGGACUGGCGCCAAAGGUGCGACAGCUGGAAUUCCAAAGUCGAACCAGAACUCCUCGACAGCAGCUACCACUCGAAGCUUGGGUGUUUGCAUCGGACAUGCGCCUUUUGGCUGCUCUUUCUUGGCCUGCCGCUCUUGGCCGCUGUCCUGGUGGAUAACAGCAGCUACUCCUUGGGUUACGAGUGUCCACAGUUUCUGAAGACAAUCCUGCCGCUGCGAAGAUGCCAUGCGCAAGAUAACAAAAAGCGCUCAUCGUGUUGUGCUACCCAUGACGAAACAGAGUCGCCCAAAUACGUGACGAGAAUGCUACAGCUCGCAGUUCUCAGCUCGCAGUUCUCAAACUAG